UCACACUACAACUAUCUACGUCAACAAUAUGAGCGCCCUACUAUCAGCAGACGACCUAAACGACUUCAUAUCACCGGGUGUAGCUUGUAUCAAACCCAUAGAAACACCAUCCAAGUCUAAUGAGCUCGAAAUUGAAAUCGACGCUAAACCAAAACUGGUGCUCGCCCCAGCACAAAUCUCACUUGCCGAUUGCCUUGCUUGUUCUGGAUGUAUUACCUCUGCAGAAGAAGUCCUCGUGGCCCAGCACUCUCAUAAGGAGCUCCUCAAAGCGCUAGAGACUGAUAAAGUGUUUGUGGCGAGCGUUUCUCACCAGGCAAGGGCAUCGCUUGCAUUAGCAUACAAUGUUGACGUUGAACAAUUAGACCAGCUAUUGAUUCACUUACUUAAAAAGAUGGGGUUUAGAUAUAUUGUCGGCACAUCACUCGGGAGGAAACUAUCGCUUGUCAACGAGUCCAACUCCAUGAUUCAAAGAAAGAUGGACAAAACAGAAGGACCUACCUUGUCGUCAAUCUGCCCCGGGUGGGUGCUAUACGCUGAAAAGACCCAUCCUUAUAUAAUACCCCGGUUAUCGAAUGUUAAAUCACCCCAGCAGGUUACUGGAUGUAUAUUAAAAAACUUGACCAGUGAAGAGCUAAAUGUUCCCCGGAACCAAGUGUAUCAUUUGACAAUCAUGCCUUGUUUCGAUAAGAAGUUGGAGAGUGCCCGGCCCGAAGUCGAUGGAGGAACGAGCGAUGUUGAUUGUGUGCUUACUCCGAGGGAGGUUGUUGCGUUGAUUGAAGAAAUGGGGUAUGACUUGAUAGCGAAAGACUACACUUUUGGUAAUACAAGUCAAGUGUAUAAGGAAAGCGCACCCAAUAAAUGGCCAUUUGUGGAGUAUGCCUGGUCCAAUGACUCUGGAUCAGCCAGUGGGGGAUAUGGAUACACUUAUCUCAGGCUUUAUCAACAGUAUUUAAUAAGUAAGGAAAACUACAUUGCGGACCAGUUCGAAUUCAAAGUUGUCAAGGGGAGAAAUGCCGAUAUUUACGAAAUGAGGUUGAUGUAUCAAGACACCCAGAUUGCUUCGUCUGGUAUUGUCAACGGAUUUAAAAACAUCCAGAAUCUAGUGAGAAAGUUAAAGCCGGGGAAUACCGUGGCUAAACCUAAUGCACUUUUAGCCAGACGUCGUGGGAGAGGUGGAUCUACUGCUAAAGCAAAGAAGACUUCAGAAGAAGCAGACCCCUCGAAAUGCGACUAUGUGGAGAUCAUGGCUUGUCCCAGUGGGUGUAUCAAUGGAGGUGGACAGAUCUCUCCAGCCGAGGGUAUUGUUGAAAAGGAUUGGAUUGCACUUGGGUUGGAAAAGUAUGGUAGUAUUGGCAAAUGGGAUGUUGCUGAGCAAGUAGAUCGGUUGAUUGAAUGGAGCAAUAGUUUUGUGGAACAGUCACUGAUGACGUACAAACGAGUGUUUGAGACCAAGUUCAGUGAAGUUGAGAAGGUAACUGAUGCUAAUGUUGCUAUGUUUGGUGCCAAGUGGUAGAUCGAGCGGUACCCAGUAAUAGAGAUAUGCCAGUUGAGCAGUAGGUAUUAAUAGAGCAACACACAGUAAUAGCGAUAUAUUAGCAGAGCGACACACAGUAAUAGAUAUAUACUAGCAGACCAACACACAGUAAUAGAGAUAUACUAGC